AUGGUGAAGAAGGUGAAACAGGGUGUUGCCAAGGGCUUACCCACAUACAUGUGCUAUCACAUUGAUGACAAGGACACCUUAUUCUUUGAGGACCGGAUUGUGGUUCCUAAAGGUGAUCUAAGGAAGGGCCUUGUCCCAUCCAUCCUUUCCCACCGUGCCGCCACUUCACCUGGUUCCUCGGGAUCCCUCCCGGACCAACCAGCUCAAGCCACUUCUCGCCAUCGAUCCAACCCGCAGCCAACCUCCACCUUCCCGAUCCGCCCGUGCACACAGGAGCCCGAGCUCCCAACCGAGGAGACCGCGUCCCACCUCGCUGCUGUUUGCCUCCAGCAGUUGCGCCGACGAGCUCUGCUGCCGGACCACCGGAUCUCCUUCCCCUCACCUCGUUCUCCCCUUCCUUUCUCUGCCUUAUUUUUAUUCCCUACUCUCAAACUCCCUCCCUGUUUUGUUCUGGACAGGGAACCAAAGGGGGCGCAAUUGCCUGAGCUCGGCCUCGAGGUUCCGUCGCCGUCACCGGGGGAACGCCGGAUCCAGCCGUCCCUGGCAUCUGCCUCCCCCGCCUCGGAUCUGGCCAUUCCCGUGUCAACUUCGCCGCCUCCACUCCCCUGCAUCUCUCCUCCACCUCCCCUGUUUCUGCGAGCGCUCGAGGACGAGGGCCGAACCCCUGCCUCCUCGCCUCCCCGACUCAAACUGGCCCGAACCGGCCAUCUCCGACGCCUCCUCGCCGGAUCCCACGCGUCAAGUCCGCCGGCCGCUGCUGUCUUCCCGGCGAUCCUCGUCCCCGCCGCCAUGGCCUCGAACACUGCCGCCCUGCGUCGCCUGAAGCCGCCGUGCCAUGCCCGAGUCGAGGGCGAGCUCGAGGUCGAGCCGUUGAACGCGCCCAUCCUGUAGCUGCAUCCUCACUGUUUUCCGCACCCCCGCCGUUAGCCUGUGGUCGCGACGGUCGCCGUCUUGCUCGCCGGCGUCGUCACCCAGUUCCUUGGUGAUCCACGAAGAAGAAGGCCUAGUCUCUGGUUCUGUUCAAGUAGAGCGACGCCCUUGAUUUGCACAACAUGCAGCAGCAGCAGCGCAGUGGUUAACGCCCUGCUCCUCUAUUCAGGAGGUCGUGGGAACAAGUCCCAGCCGGUCCUAGUUUUUGCUCUGUUUUUCCUGUACUGUUUGCACGCACACAAAUCUGCUACUGGGCUUGCACAGUGCGUUGAAUCCGGCCCGUGCAUAUUUUUUUCAGUAUGUGCAUUUUA